AAAUUGGAGCUAGCCAUGACGGACACAAUUCAAUUGAAAUAUAAUAAACGUUGUAAUGAAUUAGGGGAAAGUGAAGAUGUAAAUGGAAAAUUGAACAUUGCAUUCAAGGCAGAUGUUGAGACCACUGUAGACGGAAAAUUUGGAUACGAUUCCAAUGCGACUCUGACCGAAAAGAAAGGGUUGCCAGAACAGGAACAUGUAACGGCCGGAGACGACGUGACUCGGUAUGAAGACGACAGUGAUGAAGAGGACGAGGAAGAAUACAGCAGAUAUGCGCGAUUCGUGAACAACAUCCAGUCCAGUGUGGGGUUGGCGUUUAAACAGCACUCAACUGCAAUAUGGACCGCAUUUGGCAUCCUAGUAUCCGGUCUCUACACCGCCUACUUUCUUUACGCCAUGAUUAAAUUCUUCGACCCCAAAGAUGAGGCCAUGGUACGGUUGCUAUGGCUUAGCGUGCUCGUGGGGGUGCUCGUUAUUUACAUGGUGUUUUGGACCCGGCUCAGUAAGGCGUGCUUCGGAGAAGUGUCUUGCAUGGAGAACUGCAGCCCCGCGACCACCAAGAGACUGAACAAUGCAAUCUACUGGUUCUUUGUGAUCGGCACGGUCAUUUUCGUGCUAGUGUAUGUGGUGGUAGAGGUGGCGAUGAAGAGACCAGACAAUCUGAGGUCGGCAGCGGGAGUCGCCGCCUUCAUUCUUAUCUUCUACGUCUUCUCCUACAGGCCCGCACAGGUUCAGUUCCGGCCGGUGUUCUGGGGCCUUGCACUGCAGUUUUACUUCGCCCUUCUCAUCCUGCGUACCACGUGGGGCUAUAAGGCCUUCCAGUGGCUAGGGGACCGGGUCAGUGAGUUCCUCGAGCACACGGACGCAGGCUCCAAGUUUGUGUUUGGGGCUGAGACAUACACUAUGCACUACUUCGCUUUUAAGGUGUUGACGGUCAUAACGUUCUUUAGCUCGAUUAUUUCGAUGCUCUACUACUUGGGGGCGAUGCAGUUCGUAAUCAGGAACAUCGCCCGCUUCCUCGCUUUCUGUCUCGGCACCUCGCCAACAGAGAGUUUAAACGCGGCGGCAAACAUUUUCAUUGGUCAAAGUGAAGCGCCGCUGAUGAUACGACCAUUCAUUCAGGCGAUGACCAAGUCUGAGUUGCAUGCCGUGUGUACCGGGGGCUUUGCCACCAUUGCUGGCUCGGUGAUGGCUGCGUAUAUCAAUAUGGGAGUUCCGCCAAAUCAUCUGCUGUCGGCAUCAGUAAUGAGCGCUCCCGCUGCCCUCGCCAUGGCCAAACUGUUCUGGCCGGAAACAAAAAAGUCAAAAACACGUGCGGAAGACGUUUACAAUGUGAAGAAAGGCACUGAGCACAACAUCAUCGAGGCUGCCAGCAACGGAGCCGCCGUGUCCAUCAAGCUUAUCGCCAACAUCGCUGUCAAUCUCAUCGCCUUCAUCGCCAUCUUGCAUUUCCUCGACGCGACCUUGACCUGGUUUGGACACAGAGUCAAUAUCAACGAUCCUCCGCUUACUUUCUCGUUAAUCUGCUCCUACGUGUUCUACCCGAUUGCGUGGCUCCUCGGCUCCACUAUCGAGGACGUCUUCAAGGUGGCCAGUCUCAUUGGAACGAAAACCUUCCUCAACGAGUUCGUGGCGUAUACCGAACUUAGCGUUUACAUCAAGAACAAGGGCACCUACGACGAUUACAUGGGGAACGCUACUGCCGCCAAUGUCACGGUGCAUGUGUCCUACAAGAACGAUGAUCUCAUACUCGACAACAGCACCACACUGGUCGGCGGUCUGCUCUCUGACAGGUCAACUGUUAUCGCGACGUAUGCUCUGUGUGGCUUCUCCAAUUUGUCGUCUAUAGGAAUCAUGAUAGGGGCUCUUGGGGCAAUGGCCCCUAACCGGAAGGGCGCCAUAACCCAGGUCGUUGUGAGGGCCAUGAUAGCCGGAAAUGUGGCGUGCUUUAUGACCGCCUGUAUUGCUGGACUUCUGUAUGACGGGAAUGAGUGACUCGUGUGUCUCAAAACAGUUUGCCUUAACCUGGACAGACUAUGGGCCAAGAAAUAGAAUGCAAUAGAGCGGAGAAUUAUCACAUUAUUUGCAUAUGAAUACUUAGUUGUGUAGGACUGAAUAGUGUGGUUCAGGGAGAUGCUGUAUGUGUCACUUUCAAUUUUGACAUCGAAGUUUUUCAUGUUUAGUAUUAAUUUGACUUGUACUUAUCAUAUAUCAAUAGGUUAACAUUUUGAUGUUUCCAUGAAUUCCCAAUUGUGUUAUCUCUUAUUAUUUGGAAUUCAUACACCAGAACAUCUAAAUUUUUGUUGCAUGUUGUAUAGCCCGAAAUAUUUAUUUUUAUUGUAUUUAAAUGAUGCAUUGACUCGUUGUGAUAUUAAAUGAUUACUAUCAUUAUUUUAAUAUCUUGUGCUCAUGUUUGUAAUAUCGUUUUACGUUAUAUUAUCGAGUAUUUUUACUGCAUAAUGCUUGUUAUUUUUCUCAGAUCUGAAAAUAUUUUGUUAACAUUAAAAUAUCUCCACGUG